AUGGACGCACUCGUCUCAGCACUCGGAGGAGAAGGUGGACGGACCCUGCAUUUCAUUAACCUGUCUUCGACCAUUUUGGACUGCGAAAUCGUCGAGCAAGGAUGGGGUGGGCCAUCUACGAGCUAUAGGAUCCAUACGGAUACGGGCUCUUCGACGGCACAGACGUCGGUAGUCGCGACUCACGGCGGUAAUCCCACCAUGAUAGCGAGGGUCGACUGGUCGUAUACUCCCUACGUCGAGAUACGCGAACAUCUUGGACGAACCCCCGCCCGAGAUUGGCUUGUUCUGUCUGGAGAUCGAAGUGCUAGACGCGUUCACGUAAAUCGCGUGCGUUACGACUGGGCACCUCUCAUGAACGAUCUUUGCUUGUACGUUCCGGAUCCGAUAUCUCCUCGGAUCAUCGCUCGUUGCGUAAAGACGCGACAGAGCGUCACGCUUCACCUCAGCAAGGAAGCUGUCGACCUGUGCUUGGUCGAGACGUCGAUCGUCGCCGUUGUGUUGAUGCUCAGCGGCAAGAACAUCGACUGA